CGGUAAAACAGCUUGCUUUCAUUGUUUUGAUCUCAGUUUGUGCCUGAUUAACAGGGAAGCAACAUGGGAACGUUGCGAGACCAGCUCGGGAGAGAACUGCUGCUGACUGCGACAUUGUUUUCAAUAUUCAUUGCAGUGCAAUCGAUAGGAGAAGAACAACCUCGAAGACUGGUUUGCCACUAUACCACCUGGUCACAAGGUCGCGCCGGGGAUGCCUCUUAUCGGAUUGAAAAUGUGCCCGGGAAUUUGUGCACACAUGUUGUAUACAACUUUAUCGGUAUUGAUGAAGAUACGUUUGAGCUUAUGCCACUGGAUCGCGAAAUUGAUAUAGUACAGAAUGGCUUUGGUCGUUUUGUAGAUCUAAAGAAAAAAUUUCCUCAUCUGCGCGUUUCAAUCGCUGUUGGAGGAUGGGCUCAUGGGGGAGAAAAGUUCAGUAAGAUGGCUGCGUUUAGACGUCGGCGUCAAAAGUUUAUCAUAAGUGUGGUGAAUUUCCUGGAACAGUAUGGUUUCGAUGGUUUCGAAAUCGCAUGGUUGUAUCCUGGAAAUGCUGAACGUGGAGGUAACGUGAAUGAUAAAGAUAACUUUAUUUACCUGGCGGAAGAGCUGACACGAGCAUUCAGGAAAAUUGGACGAGGAUGGGAAUUGUCAUUACAAGUACCAGCAGAUAAAUCUCGGCUCGGAAUUGGAUAUGAGAUUGACGCACUAUGCGAUGCUACUGAUUAUGUGCAUCUCAUAGGAUACGAUUUACGUGGAUGGUGGAACAAUUUUGCAGAUGUACAUAGUCCCAUGGCAAAUCGACCACAUGAUCGAGGAAAUUUUCAAGGGAUCAACGUCCAGGAAGGAGUCGAACAAUGGCUUUCUAAAGGGUGUUCUCCGAGUAAAGUUGUUCUUGGAGUUCCUAUGCUUGGUCGCACGUAUAUCCUAGCCAACUCGCAAGAGAAUAGUAUCGGUUCAUUGACAACUGGUCCAGGUCCGACCGGUCGAUAUACUCACGAUGCUGGCUAUUUGGGAUAUUUCGAGAUAUGCCUAAAGUUCAAAGCACCGCGAUCAAACUGGCGAAAACUUUGGGAUGACAUUGGGUUAUGCCCAUAUGCUUACCAGGGCCGCGAAUGGAUUGGGUAUGAGAAUGAGCAAUCUCUGCAGGAGAAGGUUAAGUUCGUUAAGCAAAAGCAGCUUGCCGGAAUAUACGCAUUCUCGCUGGAUCUGGAUGACUAUCGCGGUGACUGCGGUGGAGAGCUUUAUCCUCUUACACGUGAAUUAUUCAAAUAUAUUGAAGAAACACAAAAAGACAGCAAUAUUACUGUUGCCAUUGAUCGAUUGCCAUGGGCAUAGUGAUGUUAAUAAAAAUGAUACUCAUGACAAUACUGGUUGGCUACUGCGUUGACAUCGGCCAAUUGGAUAAAUAUUGGGUAAAAGACUUGUUUUCGCCCUUUCAGUAGAUUAAAUAUUAAAUAUUACCCAUCAUUUUGAUGGCCAAGAAUGAUUUUCUGAGUAGCUUAGUGUUAUUUGAUACAACAAAAAUAUUGAAAGAAGAAGUUAUGCAAAAACGUGCCUCCACCCAGAGGUCAAUUACAGAAUUUUGAGACAGAUUAGUGACUUCAUUUAUAAAUUGUCACAAAAACUCUAUUCACCGACCGUAAAACUUUGUCCCGAGCUUUUGCAUUGAAGUAUUUAUUCUCAGAAAUGCAAUUGUCAGACCACAAACAAAAAUAAAUCUAGUUUUCUUCCAUAUGAAAA